GGAAAUGGCUUUGUUUGUGUGUUGUGACAGCAAAGGAAUUUCCAAGUUGAAAGGUUGCAGCUGACCUUCGGGAAUUGUCCCUCAGGAUGGAAAAGGAAGGGACUUUUCGAGCCCGGCUUUGAGGAUGUGAGAAAACACAACACAAUCAGCCUUUCUCAGGGCGAAAGAGACAGCCGCUUCUUCUCCUUCCUUGCCCGGGAUGGGGAACGCAUUCCUUCAAAUGCUGUGGACGUUGGUGCUUGCAGUCCUCCUGUCAACCAGUUCGGGCGAAGAUGCUACUUUGCUCAAAGAAGAGAGAGGGACCUAUUCUUUGAUAGGGACCAUGGAUGGCUCGGUAUCCCAGCAUUACGCCAACCUCGGGGCCCCCCAAGUGAUCCUGUUCUGCCCCAUCUCGGGAAACACAUCCGCAGCGCAAUGGUUCCUCAACGGCAAAGCGGUGCCUGAAGCGGCGAGGAAAGAUGGAAGCUUGAUCCUGCGGAACGUGACUCUGGCACAAAGCGGGGAGUACAGUUGCCGGGACUCAGAGGCCGGACUGCCCCUGAGAAGGAUCCACCUGAAGCUGGGUUACCCACCUGAGAAGCCCGAUGUCCGAUGCUGGUCGGCCAGUUAUCCGGCGGCCAGUUGCAAUUGGGCUCUGCCAACUGAGACUCACCUGCCCACCGUUUUCUUCUCCACUUACAGGCAUGGCCUGGAAGGUCAAGAAUACGAAUGCAUCCUGUCCGUCGCCGAGGCCAACUUCUGCUCCAUCCCCAACAUCCAGAUGUUCACCAUCGAUCCCUAUGUGCUCAAUGUGACGGCCGCAAACCCUUUGGGGUCGGCGACGCGCCUCUUUCCCAUCUUCCUGGAGCAGAUCCUCAAACCCGACCCUCCGGAAGCAGUGACGGUCUCCCCAAUCCGAGGCGAGAAGAAGAAACUCCUUUUGGAAUGGAAGCCGCCUCUUUCAUGGAGAUUCCCUGAAUAUUUCCCGCUGAAAUACACAAUCCGUUAUUGGCGGGAGGGAUCUCACGGCCGAAAGUCGAUCAGGCCGACAGAGCAAACCUCCUUCGUCUUGACCGGGAUCCGUUCCGGAGCAACGUACUACGUCCAAGUGGCAGCCAAGGAUUUUCUCGACAACGGCGAAUACAGCGCUUGGAGUUCCCCAGCCUCUGGAACAGCUUGGAGUGACGGAUCAUAACUGGAAGGCCAUCUGUCUGGAGGGCUUGGAUGGUGUCUUCCUGCCUGGAAUAAUAGCAUUGGAUGACUUUUGGGAGUCUCUUCUAACUAUCUAUAGAUAUAAAAGAGUGAUGGCAUCACGGCGACCCACAAAACAACAAAACUACAGGCCCCCCAACCUCGAAAUUUGACAACACAACCCAUCAUCCACGCCUCUAGGUUGAUACAACAAAAAGAAAAGAAAAAUAAAGUCCUAAUUAGAGAGAGAGGAAUAAUUGCUUUUAUCCAAUUGCUGCCAGUUAGAAGGCUAAGCUCCUCCAACUUGGUCUCCUAGCAACCCAAUAAAAAUAAUAAAAAACACUUAAAAAUUAAUACAAUAAAAUACUAUAAUAACAGAAAAUAACUAAAAAUAAUACAAGAAGAUAAUAAAAUAUAAUAAAUAAAAAGAUAACUUACAAUAAAAUUAAUUUAAAAAAUACAAAUAACAUCAAAUUAAAAUUACACAACAAUUUUUAACCAAUACCACCACCACUUUGCCACAGCAACGCAUGGCCGGGCACAGCUAGUGAUUCUAUAAUUUUAUAGCCUUAUAUCUCUAUGAACCUUCAAUGAGGCUGGAUGGCCAUCUGCCGGGAGGGAUCGAAUGGUCUACUGGCAGAAAAGUGGCCUUUUAAUGGUCUUUGAAUGGUCUUAUGUUAUGUAUUUUAACUAUAUUGUACCUUGAGGAGAGAAGAGGUGGCUAACAAAUAAAAUAUAUUGUUGUUGUUGUUA